GAGGGAAGGAGUCUCUCAUAGGUUCCCGGUCGAAGGUUGUGACGUCUAAUGCAAGCGCCUUAAAGAUGCAGCGGAUGGCGGGCGUGGGUCAAGCGGUGCUCUCUUCUUGGAGAAGAGGCGCUCCGAUAUUUGGCUGGCAUUUUGCUCAUUUUCUACAUACUGGCUCUCCUGUACUAGUAGCAAAAGAACUUCUCAUGAAACUUAGGAGGAAAACUGGCUACUCUUUUGUGAACUGUAAGAAAGCUUUGAAGAAAUUUAAUGAUGACUUGAAAGAGGCUGAGGUCUGGCUGCAUGAACAAGCCCAAAAGGAGGGGUGGACCAGAGCUUCUGAACUGCAAGGUCGGAAGGCGCAGGAGGGGCUUAUAGGAUUGCUAAAGAAUGAAAACUCAGCAGUGAUGGUGGAGGUGAACUGUGAGACUGAUUUUGUGGCCCGAAAUGUCCAGUUUCAACGCCUGGUUCAACAGGUAGCAGUUGGAGCAAUGCUGCAUUGCCAAGGGACCAGAGACCAGUUAAGCACAUAUGCCAAGUGCUUCUUGAAAUCAGAUGAACUUUCUCAGCUCAGGGCAGGGCCUGAGGGAUCAUUGCUUAGCGACCAACUGGCUCUGGCUAUCGGCAAGAUGGGCGAGAACAUAGUGAUGAAGAGGGCAGCGUGGGUAUCUGUGCCAGAGAGCUUCUUUGUGGGUUCUUACGUUCACGGGUCACUCUCUCAAGGAAAUCCUCUGCUUUCUAACAUGAUGUUCGGCAAAUAUGGUGCCUUGGUGAUUUGCAAGACCUCUGAGGAAGGGCCCAAAUCAAACUGUGUGGAAAUAGGCUGGCGCCUGGGCCAGCACGUGGUGGGCAUGGUCCCCCUCUCUGUCGGCUCUCUGGACGAUGAACCCGGUGACGAUUCGGAAACCAAGAUGCUUGCCCAGCCUUUCCUUCUAGACCCUUCUAUUUCUUUGGGACAGUACAUUCAGUCCUCUGGUGUAUCUGUGCUGGAUUUUGUGCGGUUUGAAUGCGGGGAGAACACAGAAUCGUUGGACAGCAAAGAAAAUAGUUCUGAAUUGCAAAUGUGAACUGUUCCCAGUUCCUCUUAAAUCCCAGAGUGUUCAACAGAUGUGGCUGGUAACAAAUCUACCCUGUGUUGUUUGGCCCGUGGACCUACUACAUGUAAAUCUCUUCUGGAAGCUCCAAAAUGGUUCUGUAAUAUCUAGCUCCCGAAGUGUGGCAAGCAGAUGCUGAUGCGACCAAUAAAACUGGCUGAACUCAUCAUGCAAAUAAGGGCUGCAGCCAAGAUGGAGACUGUGGCCACACGGCUUCAAGCUGAUUGUAAUUUAUUGUAUUGUCUUUCUAAAACAAUUCUCAGAAAUCUUAGCUUCUGGUAAAUGAGCAAAGCAAAAUUUUUCCCAACUGACAUAUGUAAAAUCUGUAUCUCUAAAACAUUCAACUAGAACACCAAAAUGUACAUCCUAAAUUGAGCAAUCUC